AUGGGAGAUCUACAAGAUGAGAAAUCAUCCGAUUGCAAUUAUCUACAAUAUACGGAUGAUACUAGUUUAUACAAACAUUGUAAGGUAAAGAAUUUGGAUAACUGUAGCGAGGUCAUUGGGAGGGAGUUAGCCCGGGCUGAUGGCUGGUCAACAAAUUCGAACUUGCUUUUGAAUCCUGGUAAAACCAAGAUGAUGAUAUUUUCCACAACACAGAUGUAUACCACUCACAAUCUUUCUUCCCUGGAUUUGGUUAAAAUCAACAUCAAUGAUCAGUAUACUGAACGUAAGUCUUCUUGGAACGUCCUGGGAGUGGAACUAAAUGAGCAUUUAAAGUGGAAUCCACAUCUGGAAAAAGUAAUAAGAUCAACGUAUUUGUCCCUGGCUUGCUUGAGGAGGCUGAAACGUUUCACGCCGUUCUCAUUGAGAAAACAACUAGCAGAAUUAUUGAUUUUAUCCAAACCUGGAUUAUUGCAAUUGCCUAUACGGAUCCUUGCCUGA